GUGAUAUCUAAACUCCAUAUAUCCAUUUCACUUGCUUGUAGUAUACAAAAAUCUUUUGGAAUAAAAUAACAGUUUUUGUCGGAAGAGAUAAUAGACAGGAAAUGGGUCUGUUGAGCUGAUCGUAUAUCCAAUAUUUAAUAUAUUUCGUAUUACCGCGUCAUGUUUCGAAUACGAAAUAUUCAUAUAACAAACGCUGAUUGGUGGUGGGGGUGCUUUUAAUACGAAUCACAUCAUAGGAACCGAGGGCAGAGAGUAUAUACAUGAUAUAUACCGAGGCAGUCGGCAAAAGGGGUACGGCUCAGCAGCAUUUGUCUGCAUUUGUCAUUUGUUCACUUCAAGUUCACUCGCAGUCUCUUGGCCAGCACUUUGUUCAGUCUGUCAAAAGUCGGUCAAAGUGUUUUUCGUUUAGAGCAGUGGGUACGGGCGUGACUUUAUCGCUUGAUUGUGCGUUUGGUUAUUAUCUCAAUUAUGUGUCACCUGAAAAUUGAUUAACUGAUUAUCUGAAUAAUAAGAAGAGGGGGCAUUGUGUGAUACAGUGGCAUUAGUUGAUGUUCGUGAAUGUUUGAUUGCGAAGCCGAUUUUGUGACUGAAUAUACCAGCUUGAUGGAUGGGCAUGUUGAAGAUGUCGGGGAAACAAUAACCGAGAGGAGCAGGCGUAGAAAGGGUCGUUCAAGUCAUGAACCUCGUGCUGGCCCUUCUGGAGCCUCUGGGACUUCGUAUUCGUCCCAGUCUAGUCCGGGAGAACCUUCACAUGAGAACGGGCAAGUUCCAGAUGUGCAGGUAAUUCAGCCAUUACAUGGAGGAAAUUCUGGUCCUUCACAACCGGGAGAAUGGCAAAAUGAAGAAGAGGAAGAGCUUAAAUAUGGGGCAAAACAUGUGAUAAAACUGUUUGUUCCAGUUUCGUUAUGUAUGCUUGUUGUUGUAGUCACUAUAAGUUCAGUGAACUUUUACACUACCAAAGAUGUUUAUUUAUUUUAUACACCUUUUCAUGAAGAUAGUCCAGAUACAAGUACCAAAGUUUGGAAUGCUUUGGCUAAUUCUCUCAUAUUGAUGGCAGUUAUUGUGGUAAUGACAGUUCUCUUAAUUGUACUGUACAAGUAUCGUUGUUACAAGAUUAUUCACGGCUGGCUCAUCGCAUCAUCACUAAUGCUUCUUUUCAUAUUUUCAUACUUAUAUCUAGAGGAAGUUUUAAGAGCUUCUAAUGUUCCCAUGGACUAUAUAUCAUUGUCAUUGCUGAUGUGGAAUUUUGGUGUGGUGGGUAUGAUUUGCAUACAUUGGCAAGGACCACUGCGGUUGCAACAAGCCUAUCUUAUCUUUGUUGCUGCUCUUAUGGCUUUAGUUUUCAUCAAAUACUUGCCAGAAUGGACAACAUGGGUGGUAUUGGCAGUUAUAUCUGUUUGGGAUCUGGUUGCUGUUCUCACUCCAAAGGGUCCUUUGCGCAUAUUAGUGGAGACUGCUCAGGAAAGGAAUGAACAGAUUUUCCCAGCCCUCAUAUAUUCAUCCACUUUUAUGUAUAGUUAUAUCAGUAUGGCAAGUGGAGAUGAAGCAGAAACGGAACGAAAUGUACCCCAAGCUCAACAAGCUACACAUUCUAGUCGUUCACAACCUCCUUUGGCAGCAGAUGUACCAGGAAGUCCUGAAAGUAUUGAUUCUGAAGGAGGAUUUUCUCAAGAAUGGGUAUCAUCUCACGAGGAUAGAGCAAAUCGUCGUCGUAGAGAAGUAAGAGAGUCUGGAUCUAGCCACAGUGAUCGAAGAGUUCAGUAUCGUCAUACAUCUAAUCAAAUGCCUCCACAGCAAAUGCAUCCAGAACAAGAAGACGAAGAACGUGGGGUUAAGUUGGGUCUCGGAGACUUUAUAUUCUACAGUGUUUUGGUGGGAAAAGCUUCUUCAUACGGAGACUGGAAUACAACACUAGCCUGCUUUGUAGCAAUUUUAAUUGGAUUGUGUCUAACCUUGCUUCUUCUUGCUAUAUUCAAGAAAGCUCUGCCAGCUUUACCUAUUUCUAUUACAUUUGGACUCAUUUUCUACUUUGCUACAAGAGAGAUUGUGAAGCCUUUUGCGGACAGUUUGGCCAGUGAACAGGUGUUUAUUUAAAUAUAUUUAUAUCAGUGACAUUCAAAACUUGUUUUACAAAACUGUUCAUGCUGAUGAAUAGCAUUCACAUAGUUAUUGACUUGCACAUCUUAAUGGAUUGUAGGAGUAAACAGACUAAUUUUCUUUAAAUUUUGUAUGAGUAAAGUAGGCAAGUUAUUCUGUGCUUUGCUAAGAAAUAUUUAGUAUUAUUAUCAGUAUAAUAUCUACAUCCGUUAUUAGAAAAUUCAUCUAUGUGAUUAAGGAAAGCAUUUGAUUUUUCCUUGUCCAUGGAAAAAAUUUAGAUAAUGUUUUUUAUGCAAGUUUGUUGCUGUACUUACAAGCUUUUUAUGCUGCUUAAAUUAAUAAGUCCAUUCCUUGUUAUAUUUUGCAAAGUAACACUACACAUUCUAGGACUUGAGGGAGAGUACUUAAAUUUAAAGUCCUCUCUUAUUUUGUACUGAUAGUUAUAAAUGAUAACAAAAAAUACAAACUGUUUGUCAUAAUGUUUAAUCCAACUAAUUAAUAUACAUAAUAUACAGAUAAUUUGAAAUAAACAUUUUAUAAUAACAUUUGUCUUAAGAGUAAUAAAUUCUUGGUACUGAAAAUGAUAAAAACUUAUCCUGGCUAACACCAGAAUUUCCUCAUUGAAGAUUAUUUUACCCAAUCAGCCAGCACACAAAAUAUCCACCCAAUCCACCUACAACACCCUUUAAUCCCCUUCCAUGAAGCAUUUCCUUUGCAGAUUUAUGGAAUGCAUACAGAUGUUUCAACAGCUACUGAGGGGUAGCAAACGUGUUAUAUUGAACCUGCAAAGGGAACAGAAGAAUUACACAUUGGUAUUUAGAAAAUUGAUUAUUGUAUUU